CAUUGCAACACUUUCUACAGUGCUUAAUCUGAGAGAUACUGAUAUGGACCAAUUGGCAGAUUUUAUGGGACAUGAUAUAAGAGUUCAUAGAAACUUUUACCGACUGCCUGAAGGGACGUUACAACUAGCAAAGAUCAGCAAGGUGCUGAUGGCCCUUGAACAGGGAAGGGUAUCAGAAUUCAAGGGGAAAAACCUUGAUGAAAUUAACCUUGAUCCUAAUGAGAAAGUGAAUGUAGAGACUGAUGUUUCUGAAACUGAUGUUUCUGAAACUGAGGAUGAAGAAAGUGAGGGUGAGAUGCCACAGCCAAAAAAACGACGUCGGUCCUCUUCAACAUCUAUAGCGGAAUCUUCAGUUGGCACCAAGUCUUUGAGGGAAAUGCCACAGCAAGAGAAGCAAUGUCAGUCCCCUUCAACAUCUACAGAAGAAAAUUCAUUUGCCCGCAAGUCGGCAAAGGAGAGAGCGACGACUUCAAACUCAGGUUUGUCAAAAUGCCCCAAAAGAAAGUGGACAGAAGAGGAGGUGAAGGCAGUUGAAAACAAACUUUUAGACUGCAUCACAUCUGGCAGGUUACCAGGGAUAAGACAGUGUGAAGACUGCAUCAGGUCAGCGCCGGAAUUGCUUAAAAACAGAACCUGGAAAUCAGUGAAGUUUUAUGUCAAGAACCGAAUAACAGCAUUCAGGAGAGAGUGUGAGAAAAGAAAGAAAAUGUAAUGUCUCAGGUCAGAUUAUUCCUUUUUUUUUCAGGGAAAUCAAGCACUUUUAAGUUCUAAGAAAAGUUUUUGUACUUGCAUUCGUACAAUUAGUUCUGUGUUUGCACUUAUAUUCGUGCGAUGAGAUCUGUGUUUGCACUUGCAUUCGUACGAUGAGAUAUCUGUGAUUGCACUUUUAUUCGUACGUUGAGUUUUCUAAGAGAAGUUUUUGUACUUGUAUUCGUACGAUGAGAUUUCUAAAUUUUUGCACUUUUAUUUGUACGAUGAGUUUUCUAAGAGAAGUUUUUGCACACUUAUUCGUACGAUGAGAUAUCUGUGUUUGCACUUUUAUUCGUACGUUGAGUUUUCUAAGAAAAGUUUUUGUACUUGUAUUCGUACGAUGAGAUUUCUAAGAGAAGUUUUUGCACACUUAUUCGUAUGAUGAGAUAUCUGUGUUUGCACUUUUAUUCGUACGUUGAGUUUUCUAAGAAAAGUUUUUGUACUUGUAUUCGUACGAUGAGAUUUCUAAGAGAAGUUUUUGCACACUUAUUCGUACGAUGAGAUAUCUGUGUUUGGACUUAUAUUCAUACGAUGAGAUCUAUGUUUGCACUUGUAUUCGUACGAUGAGAUUUCUAAGUUUUUGCAGUUUUCUAAGAGAAGUUUUUGUACUUCGAAAUCUCAUCGUACGAAUACAAGUACAAGAACUUUUCUUAAAAAACUCAACGUAUAAAGAAAAGUUUUUGUACUUGCAUUCGUACAAUUAGUUCUGUGUUUGCACUUAUAUUCGUGCGAUGAGAUCUGUGUUUGCACUUGCAUUCGUACAAUGAGAUAUCUGUGAUUGCACUUUUAUUCGUACGUUGAGUUUUCUAAGAGAAGUUUUUGUACUUGUAUUCGUAUGAUGAGAUUUCUACAUUUUUGCACUUUUAUUUGUACGAUGAGAUUUCUAAGAGAAGUUUUUGCACACUUAUUCGUACGAUGAGAUAUCUGUGUUUGGACUUGUAUUCGUACGUUGAGUUUUCUAAGAGAAGUUUUUGUACUUGUAUUCGUACGAUGAGAUUUCUAAGAGAAGAUUUUGCACACUUAUUCGUAUGAUGAGAUAUCUGUGUUUGGACUUAUAUUCAUACGAUGAGAUCUAUGUUUGCACUUGUAUUCGUACGAUGAGAUUUCUAAGUUUUUGCAGUUUUCUAAGAGAAGUUUUUGUACUUCAAAAUCUCAUCGUACGAAUACAAGUACAAGAACUUUUCUUAGAAAACUCAUCGUACAAAUAAAAGUCCAAAAAUGUAGAAAUCUCAUUGUACGAAUAAUUUUUUUUUGCACUUUUAUUUGUACAAUGUGUUUUCUAAGAGAAGUUUUUGUACUUGUAUAAGUACAAUUAGUUCUGUGUUUGCACUUAUAUUUGUGCAAUGAGAUCUUUGUUUGCACUUGUAUUCGUACGAUGAGAUAUCUGUGUUUGCACUUGUAUUCGUACAGUGAGACAUCUGUGUUUGCACUUGUAUUCUUACGAUGAGAUAUCUAAGUGUGAUAAAUAAAAGAAGUACUUUUUUUCCAAAUGACAAUUUAUUUGAAUGCAAUUUAUUUUAUUUGAAAUUUAAUCUAUUUGCAAUACAUUUGUGAUAAGUGGUAGCUAGGGUUUCCAACUUCACAAAGAAAAAAUAUGGGACAAUUGUGUAUAAUAUACUUAAAUACUUGAAAUGUAGAUUUAACAUGGACGGCUUUUGGUACUUGACACUUUGUUGUGUUUUCUUACAUGGCUAGAUGUUGGACUCAUGAAAAAGAAGCACCUUAUUUGUAUCUGUAAAACAAUUUUUUCAAAGAUAAAUAAACAUUAACAUCUUUACAGAAUAAAACCACAAAAUAACAGCAUCAUGCAAAGCAUUCAAAGCACCAAAAUCUAAAGAAAUGUUUAAUGUUAAUUUAUCUUUGAAAAAACUGUUGCCAGUAAAUAACAAUCUUUUAAAUCUACAGCAAGUUACUGGCAAACAGCUGCAUAACUCAGCAAAUGUUACAGUGUUAGCAGGGAGCACCUGUUGACCUGUAUCAGGAUACUGAUUUAAGAAGCUUGAGGUGAGGUCCCCAUUGUUAACCUUUUUAACACACACAGUGACGUCAUUCAUUUGCAUAUCAAAACAUUACAUCAUAGGUCCCCUGGAGGGAAUUCUACCUGACUGGGUCCCCAGCAGUUUGUUAAAUGUCAGGUCAGCCUUCUGGGGGUCAGGCUCAAAUUUACAAGUGAUGGCUGUUAUAACGACUGUAAAUGUAGUGUGGACCAGUUUCUACCUUGUCUGUAGACCCCUCAGAAAGGGUGGUUCCCACCAGGCAGCAUUAUGUCAUGUGUCCCCACCCAGUAGUAAAAGCAAGUAUGUGUGUGUGUGUGUG